CUCCAUAUAUCGAACUGAUAUUCUCAAAUUUAAUUAUCAGCAUUAAUGACCACGGCGGAAGUGAAAACCGGUGAAUCGCCAAAUAUUCCGGCGCCGGCGAAUGGUACUCCUGUUUCAAACGACGUCGUCGGAGAGAAGGACGAAGUCCUAGAUUCUCCAGUAAAGAACGCAUCAUUGGAUAGAGAUGUUGCUCUUGCCCAUCUUGAGAGUGAAAAGAGGUUGUCUUUUAUCAAGGCUUGGGAGGAAACUGAAAAAUCAAAAGUAGAGAACAAAGCUGAAAAUCAGCUCGCCACUGUCUCUGCAUGGGAAAAUACUAAGAAAGCAGAUAUUGAAGCAAGGCUGAGAAAGAAAGAGGAAGAAUUGGAGCAAAAGAAGGCUGAUUAUGCAGAGAAAAUGAAAAAUAAAAUUGCAUUGAUUCACAAGGAAGCUGAAGAGAAGAGAGCCUUGACAGAAGCCAUGCGAGCUGAGGAAAUUCUCAAGGCAGAGGAAACCGCUGCAAAAUUUCGUGCCACCGGAAUAGCUCCCAAGACCGGUGGCUGUUUCGGCUAAACAUAUUUUUGGAAAAAGUUUGAGUGUAUUUGGGUAUGUGUGAAAAAAACUCUUUAUGUAAAUUUUCUUUCUUCUUUGGUGUUUGAUAAGUUUGUUCUUGUGUUGUAAUUUUCAUUAAUGUUUCAUAUAAAAGACUUUUCUUUGUAUAUUUGAAAAUAAUAUUGUAUCUUAAUCUUAAUUUUUUUUUCUGUA